UUUCUGUUUCUAGGUUACAACUAACAAACGUAAACAUAUUGUCAUAAUUUACAUCAUUUUUUAAGAGGACAAUUUUGGUCCUUACCAUAAUUUCCGACAAUCAUUUACAAGCUGCUCCGUAGUACGGUUUCGUACAUUCAGAGAAAUAACAGAGGCCGUCAGGUACGCAUAUUGUAAUUAUCUAAUCACCGUUCGCCUUCCAUAGAGGAAAGAUGCGUGAAAUAAAUUGGCCAGCAAUCGGUGCAACCAUUUUGCCAAACGUGGGCGGAAUAGCAGGAGGAUUAAUAACCAGGAAACAUUUAAAUCCCUGGUAUGAAUCACUGCAAAGGCCCGCCUGGAGUCCGCCAAACUGGGUAUUUGGCCCCGUUUGGACCGGUCUUUAUUGUUCUAUGGGCUAUGCCUCGUAUCUUGUCUACAGAGAUGGUGGAGGAUUUGAUGGAGCCGCCAAAUUGCCGCUGAUUUUAUAUGGAGCCAAUUUAGCUUUAAAUUGGGCAUGGACACCAAUUUUCUUCGGAUAUCACAAAAUUAAAUGGGCAUUCUAUGAAAUUCAGUUAGUGAAUGUAAGUGCUAUAGGAACAGCAUUUUUAUUCCACAAAAUUAAUCCCUCAGCAGGAUUAUUUUUCAUUCCUUACUUGCUGUGGCUCAGUUUGGCGACAACUCUUAAUUACGUGAUUUCCCGUGAUAAUCCUGAUUCUCCAAAGAUUAAGGAAUUAAAUGAAUAAAAAAUCAUAUAUUUAUCCAAAAAAGAUAAAAUGAUAUAAAUGUAUACACUUAUAUUGAAUGUUAAUAUUUUUGACAUUAUAUUUUAACCAAUAUUGCUUAUACACAUAAUAAAUGUAUGUACUAUUUUUACAUAUAAAAUUU